AUGCGUAGAUUUCAAGUGAGUUUCCAAGGGUCUUUGGCAUUGAUAUGAGUAGAACUUCUUUAGUUUGACAUGUUGCUAUAAGUAAAUUACAAUACUUUUUUCUUUCACAUUAGGUUAGGUAGGUAUUGGUAUUCUGUGUUCCAAUCCAGUGAAGCCUGUGAGCAUAUAUAUCAAGCUGGCCAAGAAUAUAUAGUGUGUAUGAUCUUCUAUAGACAUCUGCUAAUUAUAAUCCCUUUUUGUAUGAAGUAGUUACGUAUUAGGGCUAUGGAAUGACACCCUCAUGAAGGCAGGUAGGUGAUAUCAGACCGGUUCUUUCGUUCUGUAACAUAGCUUCAGGUAAAAUCUGUGCUUACACUUGUGUGUACAGACACCACCGCUCCCCCGACACCCCCAUGACGUAUAUGUAUGUGUAUUUGGGAGGGAGGAACAGGUUGAGAUGAGAGGAACAGUUCUCACGCUUGAAGUCAGUGUGCAUUUCUCAUUGUUAUUACAGACUUAAGGGAUAAGAAUCAUUCCGUAUACUUAGGAACAGGCUGUUAUGCUGCUUCCUUACUGCUAUAUCUAAGGGAUAUACCUAAUCAAAAGGAAUAGGAAUGUUUGGGGUUUAUUUUCUACCGAGGAGUUCUAGACACACAUUGACAGAGGACAAGACAGAUGUUGCAUAACUUCUGAGGAUUUGCCCGUUCUGUAACAGCAGUCUGCCUUCAGGAUUGCUUUGGGGCAGCUGCACGUGAGCUGCAGAGACAGCAGCUGAGACACAUUAACAGGUGCCUUGUCCUGCCCAGCGAGAUGCACCUGUGCACUGCGAACUCUGCCGGCCUCUGCCAGGGAAAUACUUGCAGUACAGGAAUUCCCAGGGAACUCGCAUGAGACAGCAUCCUCCAAGUGCAGUUUACUGUAAUUGAAAUACGUGAACAUAGUCUUGCUGAUGGUGCUAGCAUGGGAAUCGGGAUUUGCUGAAGGAGGUCCAUAGUAACUGCUAUAAUUAACCUAUUAUUAAAUUAGCAUGUUAAAAGAAAAAGAGAAAAUGUGAUGUUAAUAUUUAAACCCAUCACAUAAUCACAGUUAAAUGUCCAGCUCUGUAUUUUCCCAUCAGUAGCUAAAUGGCAGCACUGUUUUUUAUUCAGUGAAAACUGUAUUUCAACACAACAUUAAUAUUGAAGUACAAACUGAGGAUUUAAUUGAGCAGAAGAAAAAUUGUGACGUGUCUAAGUUGCAGCAUUUGGCCUUUAAAAACCAUUAGUAACUCAUCAGUGGUGGCAAUAGGAAAAAUAACGUGGUCAAAACAGUUUAGAGGCUUUUUGAUUUUCAUUUUUGCUUUAAAAUAAAAUUGAGUUUGACGAUGUCUGCAAAAAUGGUCCAAGUCCCCGAUGUUACAAAUAUUACUACUGCUCCCAUCGAGCAGAAAUGCUUGGAGGAGUAUUUUUGUAGCAGCUAAGCUAGGCGGUGUUUUCCUGUUGUAGACUCUCACCUGUGAAACAGAAAAGAGGUGUAGAGAAAAACUGCCAGUCUUUGGCUGCAUUUAAUGCCCAGGAGAUAGUUCUUCACUGAGCAGUUACAGCAUAGAGAAUACAAGGUUUAUAUUUCGGGUUUGUAAAACGUGGUAGAUGUGCACCUUCUCCCAACAAAAGAAAUAUUUUAAUAGGACCCACCUUUGCAAAUCAUAUGCCAAGUGGGGCCUAAAAUGUAAAUUACUUUCUGACUGUAAUAUCCCUUAAAAAUUCCUGUAUAAUACCAACUCUCAUUAUACACGAGCGUUGGUAGCUCAGUACAUAGACAGCAACGUGCGCGAAAGGUGAGGACUUCCGUGCAUUUCAGAGCUAAGUCACAGGUUGUGUUUCAGUAACCGUAGGUGUAUAUUCUUCGGAUUUCCAAGGUAAAAGGGGACUCGGUAGGACUGCACUGUCCCCCGGGUCCCCCGUCCGCCUGGCGAGGGGCCGCGGGCGCGCAGCGGGAGCGCGCACCGCCCGCCGUGCCCAGCGCCGGCCGGCAGCCCGCGGAACCGAAAGCAGGUAGAGGCACUUCCUGCAGGCAGAAUUGAAGAGGGAGAAAGGGAGUUUUCCUCUGAUCUCCCUCAAAAACCAAUCAGGCCAGAUCAGCCAGGCGUUGAUUCUCCCUCCGUCCCUCCUACACCUUUUCCGAAGGCCCAAUGGCCUCUUCCCUCUGGGAGAUUGACUAGAGUCACAUGAGCCGCACCAAGGGCAGGUAACUUGGGAAGGGGGAAGCUGGGCUCCUGCCAUGAUGUCAGAGGGAGAGGAACCCAGGGCUCGCUAAUAUCACCUCCCCAUCAGCCCGGGAGAAGGAGGUCACCGGGAACAGUUGUUUCCCCCUGUGGUCAUGACGGCUUCGCACAGUGACUCUUUGGUGGUGUUGUUUGGGGCAACAGCUGGUGCAUAUGGGGCUAAACUGGGUUCGGAUGAGAGGGAACUAAUUCUCUUGGUGUGGCAAGUUGUGGAUCUACCCAGCAAGAAGGUAGGGGCGCUACACAAAUCCCUGGUGAAAGCAGACAAUUUGGACUUAAGUGACCAGUGUCGUGAAGUGACUGGCUUAACAGCAGAGGGGCUGGGCAAAGCGGAGCCGCUGGACCAGGUUCUUCAGCAGUUUAGUCAGCUUGUAUCCAGCGAUUUGAAAGGACUUGGAAGGAGCUCUUACACGCUCUGCAGCGAUGGGCAGUCACUCAUUCGACAGGUCCUCCACCCAGAAGCAUCCAAGAAGAACCUUCUGCUGUCAGACUGCUUCUACUCUUUUUACGAUCUGCGCAAAGAAUUUCACACCUGCUACCCUAAUUCAGCCGCCGUGAAGGACCAGACUAUCAAGACCAUGGCAGAAUAUCUAGGCUUAGGGACAGAUGAAACAGAAGAGGACUUUGGCGUGUGGCAAGUGAAAACCAUGGUGGCUAUCAUUUUCAGCAUGCUCUCUGAAAGUUGUAAUCACAUAUUUACUGAGCCUGAAACUGUGAAAUACAAGUAUGAAACAGGUCCUUGCAGUAAAUCUGAAACAGUGGACAGUGAGACGGUAAUACGCGCCAGAGGUUUGCCAUGGCAGUCUUCAGACCAGGAUAUUGCUCGAUUUUUCAAAGGGCUCAACAUUGCCAAAGGUGGUGUGGCUCUUUGUCUGAACGCUCAAGGAAGAAGGAACGGGGAGGCGUUAGUGCGGUUUGUGAACUCCGAACAGAGAGAUCUCGCGCUGGAAAGACAUAAGCAUCACAUGGGUAGCAGAUACAUUGAGGUUUACAAAGCAACUGGGGAAGAAUUCUUAAAAAUCGCAGGAGGCACCUCGAAUGAAGUGGCCCAGUUCUUGUCUAAGGAGAAUCAAGUUAUCAUCCGGAUGAGAGGCCUUCCCUUCACCGCGACUCAGGAGGACGUCCUGGGGUUCCUGGGGCCGGAGUGCCCGGUCACGGGAGGGAAGGAGGGACUUCUCUUCGUCAAGUACCCAGAUGGCAGGCCCACGGGAGAUGCAUUUGUGUUAUUUUCCUGUGAAGAAUAUGCCCAGAAUGCACUUAAAAAGCACAAAGAAAUCCUUGGAAAACGUUACAUUGAACUCUUCAGGAGCACAGCAGCGGAAGUCCAGCAGGUACUUAAUCGCUAUAUGUCAACACCUCUUAUUCCCACUCUCCCAACUCCCAUCAUUCCUGUCAUACCCCCGCCCUACACCAUUGCCACGGGCAGCAUACGCGACUGCGUCCGGCUCAGAGGCCUUCCUUACACUGCUGGCAUCGAUGACAUCCUGGAAUUCAUGGGAGACGCCACAGGUGAUAUCAAGCCCCAUGGAGUUCACAUGGUCCUUAAUCAACAGGGACGACCAUCGGGUGAUGCUUUUAUCCAAAUGAAAUCUGCUGAUAAAGCCUUUAUGGUGGCUCAAAAAUGUCACAAAAAAAUGAUGAAGGACCGUUACGUGGAAGUAUUCCAGUGUUCAGGAGAGGAGAUGAACUUUGUUUUAAUGGGUGGCACUUUAAAUCGUAGUGGCUUAUCCCCACCGCCAUGUCUUUCUCCACCAACUUACGCUGCUUUCCAAACAGCAGCUGUGAUCCCAGCAGAAGCAGCAGCGCUUUACCAGCCACAAGCCCUGUUGCCAGCCACCAGGUCUCCCCAGGCCUCUGCGGCUGCUCCUCCAACUGUCACCUACUACCCUGCUCAGACUGCUCAGCUUUACAUGAAUUACACAGCUUACUACCCCAGCCCUCCAGUAUCCCCUACCACGGUGGGGUAUAUUGCAGCUCCUCCGGGAGCUGUAGCCGCUGCUGCCACUGCCGCCCACAGUCCAAUUCUGCCCCAGCCUGGAGCGUUAGUCCGUAUGCAGGGCUUGCCAUAUAACACAGGAAUGAAGGAGAUACUCAGUUUCUUCCAGGGAUACCAGCUCCACGCAGAUUCCAUCCUCGUGCUUUACAACUUCAGUGGCCAGCCCAGCGGAGAGGCCUUGGUGACUUUUCCAAGCCUGGAUCUAGCUAAGAAAGCAGUGGCUGAGAAAAACGGCCAGCUCCUGGGAGGCCGCUACGUACAACUGUACCUGGUCUAGCUAAACACUCUUUGGGGGACGGGGAAAGAACGUCGCACUAAGCACCGUGCCUCUGCAAAAUAAGAAGUCUUCCCUUGCCACCCAGGCAGCAACAAAUGUGCCUUUGCAGCAUAAUAUGUUGGAAUGUAGAGUGGUCCUGUAUUUACUUUGAAAUAUGGCAUGUCCUAUGCUGAAGAGAAAGGGAACCCAAAAGUUAUGCAGUUAAUUUACAUAAUUUCUAAUAGUUUGAAAACAAGCAACCCCCCUCCUAGCAUUGAGUUAAUUCUGGAGACAAUCUAAUAGCACUUCAGCUAUCACAGCUGGGGGAGAAACCUGUUCAGUAGCAGUUGAAGUGGAAAGCGAAGCUUGAGUCAUUCAGAUUGUUUUGUCCUUAGUUUUUAAGAGUUUACACUUGACAAGUGUCUGUUUUUUGUAGAGUUUAAAUGUCUUUAGAAAGGUCUUUUGGAAUGCAUAGCUUUCCCUGUUCAAAGCGUAGAUCGUAUUGAUUUUUGUUUGUUUUGUUCCUGCCUGGAAAAUAGCAGGCUGCUGGACCCCCAGAGCAAUUGAGCUUGCUCAUGUUUUCAUUAUACAUUGUUUUGCAAAAGCCAUAUUUGUCUUUUUUGUUUCCAGUGUACUGCUGCCAAUGUGUAAAGCAAAAAACCAGAAACAACAGCAAAACCAGAGAAAUCCUCCUGACCCCAGCCCCAAGCUUUUAAUCUCUACAGGACAAAAGUGGCACAUAAACCUGAGUACUAAUAAGUUAUAUUUUUUUAUUUAAGCAUAAUAGCUUUCAGAUACUGUAUUAAAGAUUUUGCUCUAGUUUAUGUGCAUGCAAUUUGUUUACAUCUUUGAACUACUUUAUUUGUAUAUUAUGAAACAAGAUAUGUUGAAAUCUAAAUCCUCUAGUGCAUGCUUUUUCUUUUUCCCUGUGUGUAUAUACAUAAGCUAGAAGUACUUUACGUCAUGUAGCAUGUGUUUUAAAAAGACAUCUGCUGUAGAAGCACUAAAUGACUUUGUUUUUACUGUGCCUUACUUCAAAACCAUUCCAAGUGCAAUACCAGCAGAGCAAAAUGUAAUGAAUCCUGUUGUGACAUGUUCACGGAUGUCUGAAUUGAUUUUUUUAUUAGUGUACCAUUUGAGUUGUACCUAAAAGAACUGAAUGAUGUAUGCUUCUUUAUAUACAACAAAUAAAAGAGAAUCUUACGAUGUGUAUUGGCUUUUGAAAGUAA